AUGAAGUAGUUUAAGUGUUUUGAAAAUAAGCAAUGAUGACGAUAAAAUCUGUUUUCAUUAUAUCAUUACUAUUCAUCUCAGUACUGUGUGAAAAGGAAACGUGUUCUAGAGAUGGAAAAGACUGUACCAAAGACGGCAAGCAUAAGUUACAAGAAAGCAUGAAUCCUAGGCGAUAUUUUCCCGGAUUAAAAGCCAUAAUCAACGGAGAUUAUCAAUUUCCAACCGAUUUCUUUACAGGAUUUUGCGAGUCUAUGGGUAAUAAGCACGGUGAUGCAGGCCUUUACUAUAACUGGAUGUCUGGGGAUAAAUUUGUCAAAAGACUGUGUUCUGGGAAUACUGCUGAAGAGUUAAACAAACUGGUUCCUUGUAUAAAUGACAAACAAGUACGCAGCAGCUUCGUCAGGGCGAUAUCUAACAUGCCGAAUAUUCCUGAGCCAUCUGAGGGCAUGACGGAGGAAGAGGCUCAGAAAGGACUAUGCAGUUUCCUAUCAUCAUCUCUUACUAAGCUGCUGAAAAUUCUGCACCCUAACUGCGAUCAAAAGGGUUUCCAUACGAUGGUUAAAUUAGUAACAGACAUUCUGCAAAACUCCGAGGACUACAACAUCCCUCUCCUUAACGUACCAGGCACCUGUGUGACUGACCUAAAAAACCAGCUAAACAAGCAGUUUGAAAAUUAAAUAUUUAUCAAAGGUUAUUACGAAAAAAUAAUUCAUAUAUUAAAUAUGUGUACAAAUA